AUGUAUNAAUUUCUUUGGCACCCGAUUGUCAACGAUUCCAUGGCUGACGUGUUUAGACAAUGGCUGCGCAAAGAUGUGACCGAAAGACCCAAUCUAAUAGUGAUGGGAAGUGCCACGCAUUCCAUCAAAUCGAGUAACGCUAGCCUUAAGGCGUUAGAGCACUACCGCAAGAAUCUGACACUACUUGUGCCCAAUUUGGACCAAUUGAGUGCUUCCACACAAAUCCUGUGGGCUCUUCAGGACCCGGUGUCGCCCGAAAAGCUCAAACCCGACCGCUCUAUGAUAACCAACGAACAAAUCGAUGCCUACAAUAAGGCUGCGAUGGAAAUACUGAAGUACAGCCAAUCGGAUAACGUUCACAUCUGGAGCUCAGCCCGACUCGUGGCUCAGGGCUACAGCUCGGGCGCAGGCAAUCCCGCCGAUGAUGGCCUCCACAUGAGCGCUAAGGCACUCAACUUUGCCAUUCAGAUACUACUAAACAUGUAUUGCAACGAUCAGAUGAACUAUAACGACGGCACCUGUUGUAGUGAUCCCGAAGUGAUUACCACUCUUCAGAUGAUAGUCUUUGUGGUCUUCACGCUGUUUAUUGUGAUCGCAAUCGUAGUGUUAUUUCAUCGCAAGUUCUCCACGAAGUCAUACAAAUGGCAUCUAUUGGUCAAUGAAGACACCGACGACUGCGCCGAUAAUAACGUGGUGUCGGAGGCGGACGUGAAAUCCUUCUACGAGUUGAUGACAUGUUUGGCGAAAAUGUCAUUAAUUAUGUUCUACUUCUUCCUGUGCGACAGAACCAACUUCUUCAUGAAGGAGAACAAGUACUUCACUCGUCCCAACUUCUUCCUACCCAUCGCUUACGUGUUCGCUUUGGGCCUCUUCUUCACCGAAGAGUCUUCGCAUACAAUUGUCUUACAUCGCGACCAAACCGACGAACUCAAGGGAUGGAUGCAAAUGAUUAUUUUGGCAUAUCACUAUACCGGCGCGUCUCAGGUGCUGACAAUCUAUAUGCACAUUCGUCUACUGGUCACCGCAUACCUGUUCCUCAGCGGUUUCGGGCACUUCACCUACUUUUGGCAGACGGGAGACGUUAGCUUUCAUCGCCUAUGGAAAGUGAUAUUUCGGAUCAAUCUUCUGGUGGUGUGUCUGUGUCUCUGUAUGAACAGACCGUAUCAGUUCUACUACUUCGUGCCAUUGGUCUCGUUCUGGUAUUUAGUCAUUUACGCCACGUUUUAUGCCAUUCCGCACGUGACUGCUGUUACUGCCGAUGCAAAUCCGAUUCAAUACUUAUAUAUAGUGUUAAAGUUUGUCGUAUUGUUUAGUAUAAUAACGAUUCUAUACAUGUCUGAAGUGUUCUUCGAGAAGAUCUUCCUGACCCGUCCCUGGAAAGCACUCUUUGUUACCACCGAUGACUCACUCAAGGAAUGGUGGUUUAGAUGGAAAAUUGAUAGAUAUAGCGUUCCGGCCGGUAUGUUGUUUGCAUUUGGUUACCAUUUGCUCAAAAAACACCACAUUAUUGAUGAUCACAAUCACGGAUAUCUGUUCUCAAGAGGUCUUGGAUUUAUUGUAGCAUUUGCUUCAUUUGCCGGAAUAAUGAUGUAUGUCAUCUUUACAAUUAUUUGUCGAAAUAAACCCGAAUGUAAUGAAAUUCAUCCGUACAUAUCAUUUAUUCCGAUCGUGUCAUAUAUAGUGUUGCGCAACAUAUCCGGGCUCUUAAGGGUCAGACACAGCACUUUCUUCGCCAGAAUCGGCAAAAUAUCACUCGAACUAUUCAUUUGUCAAUACCAUAUCUGGUUGGGCGCUGACACUCAUGGCAUUCUGGUACUGGUGCCCAGUUAUCCCGUACUGAAUGUUGUCAUCACGUCAUUCAUAUUCAUUUGUAUCGCUCAUGAGAUCCACGAUUUGACGCAUAAAAUGGUUAAAUACGCCAUCCCUUCCGAUUGGCGGUACACCACUAGAAAUAUUGUCAUAUUUUUGCUGUUUUUGAUACCCAUUGGCAUCAAAGACGGAAUGUUUUAGUCUGUGAUAUAUAUGUCUAUAAAUUAAUGCUGAGAUUGAAUUAUGUUUUUAUUAAAAAAAUAU